UAUGGGAAAAAAUGUUAGCCCUCCCCUCAAGAUUACAGAAAAUGAACUCUUAUUACGAAGCACUCCUGCGCUCUGGAUAUCACUGAAUCCCAUUUAUGCUGGAUGGUGUAGCCCAGUUGUUUCCAAUCUGUGUUCCGGGGUAUUGUAGGUCGUCUGUGACUAUUUUAGAUGUUUUAUAAUAAAUAAGUCAAUUCUAAUAACAGUUGGGAUUAUUAAUGUUAUAAUAAAUUGUAUUUUACUUUUCACAAUCAAAAUAGUUUAUAAUAAUAAAAAUAGCCUUUUAAUGUGUUACAUUCAUUUCAAAAAAAUUAACUGCUAAGAUAUUUUAUGUAAAAAAAAAGGAAUAUACGAAUCCCGGAUCUUUUGAUAGCGAUUUGGUGGUCCCCGGAACGGAACAUUUUGGGAACCUCUGGUGUAGCCUAGAUUUACAGCCAUACGCGCAAGAGGAGUAUACGUGAACCAUAUGCUAGGGGAGCAGACCUUUCUCUCGGCAGUAAUUCGGUUAUUUUUGCGUCUGUUGUGUUAUUACUAAAGUAGGUUACCUACAUUUAAGUUAAUUGUACUGUAGCAAGAAGAAUGGGCUGCGCAAUAUCAGGACUGGCACCGAAAACACUUGGAGAGACAAAAACGGAAGAAGAUGUUGCGCAUCUCAACGAGAAGCAAAUCCAGAUGAUCAAAGAGUCCUGGAAAGUUAUCCAGGAGGACAUUGCGAAAGUUGGAAUUAUUAUGUUCGUCAGGUUAUUUGAGACCCAUCCAGAAUGCAAGGAUGUAUUCUUCCUGUUCCGAGACGUGGAGGACCUUGAGAUGUUACGAACCAGCCGGGAGCUCAGGUCACAUGGCCUACGAGUAAUGUCCUUCAUUGAGAAAAGUGUGGCCAGACUGGACCAGCUGGAUAGACUAGAUGUUCUGGGUGUGGAGCUAGGGAUGAGCCAUUACCAUUACAACGCCCCACCCAAAUACUACAGCUAUGUAGGAGCAGAAUUCAUCUGUGCUGUCCAACCCAUUCUCAAAGAGAGAUGGACCCCUGAGCUUGAGGAGGCAUGGAAGACCCUGUUCCUGUACCUGAGCAGGCUUAUGAAGCAGGGCUACCAGGAGGAGACAAGCAGACAUCACCAUGAGGCAGCAUCCUGCAAGGAAAGGCCAGAGAAGAGGAACACACCCAGAUGAGAGGCCUGGCCUCCACCCAGAGACUGUUGAGCAUAGCACAAACAUGUGGCACGUGGCUUUUAGCUGUGUAUAUAGUGUAUUUAUCGCUUACAGUAUUCAUUUUCUACAUACAGUUGAAGUUGGAAGUUUAUAUACACUUAGGUUGGAGUAGUUUUUCAACCACUCCACAAAUUCCUUGUUAACAAACUAUAGUUUUGGCAAGUCGGUUAGGACAUCUACUUUGUGCAUGACAAUUAAUUUUUCCAACAAUAGUUUACAGAUUAUUUCACUUAUAUUUCACUGUAUCACAAUUCCAGUGGGUCAGAAGUUUACAUACACUAAGUUGACUGUGCCUUUAAACAGCUUGGAAAAUUGUAGACCUCCACAAGUCUGGUCCAACACCUAAAGGUACCAUGUUCAUCUGUACAAACAAUAGUACGCAAGUAUACACACCAUGGGACCACUCAGCCGUCAUACCGCUCAGGCAGGAGAUGCGUUCUGUCUCCUAGAGAUGAACGUACUUUGGUGCGAAAAGUGCAAAUCAAUCCCAGAACACCAGCAAAGGACCUUGUGAAGAUGCUGGAGGAAACCGGUACAAAGUAUCUAUAUCCACAGUAAAACGAGUCCUAUAUCGACAUAACCUGAAAAGCCGCUCAGCAAGGAAGAAGUCACUACUCCAAAACCGCCAUAAAAAAAGCCAGACUACGAUUUAAAACUGCACAUGGAGACAAAGAUCGUACUUUUUGGAGAACUGUCCUCUGGUCUGAUGAAACAAAACUAGAACUGUUUGGCCAUAAUGACCAUCUUUAUGUUUGGAGGAAAAAGGGGGAGGCUUGCAAGCCAAAGAACACCAUCUCAACCAUGACGCACGAUGGUGGCAGCAUCAUGUUGUGGGGGUGCUUUGCUGCAGGAGGGACUGGUGCACUACACAAAAUAGAUGGCAUCAUGAGGGAGGAAAAUUAUGUGGAUAUAUUGAAGCAACAUCAGUCAGGAAGUUAAAGCUUGGUUGCAAAUGGGUCUUCCAAAUGAACAAUGAACCCAAGCAUACUUCCAAAGUUGUAGCAAAAUGGCUUAAGGAUAACAAAGUCAAGGUACUGGAGUUGCCAUCACAAAGCCCUGAUCUCAAUUCUAUAGAAAAUGUGUGGGCAGAACUGAAAAAGUGUGUGCGAGCAAGGAGGCCUUCAAACCUAACUCAGUUACACCAGCUGCGCCAGGAGGAAUGGGACAAAAUUCACCCAACUUAUUGUGGGAAGUUUGUGGAAGGCUACCUGAAACGUUUGACCCAAGUUAAACAAUUUAACUUUUUAUGGCUGCCCUCCCGUUAACGGGAUAAUUGUCAUCAACAACCGCUGAAUUGCAUAGCGCCACAUUCAAAUAAUAUUACUAAAAAUAUUUAUAUUCAUGAAAUCACAAGUGCAAUAUAGCAAAACACAGUUUAGCCUUUUGUUAAUCUACCUGUCGUGUCAGAUUUUGAAAAUAUGCUUUACAGCGAAAGCAAUCGAUCGCUCGACAAAACAUUAUGUACACCUAGCAUCAAUUAGCUUGGUCACGAAAAUCAGAAAAGCAAUCAAAUUAAUCGUUUACCUUUGAUGAUCUUCGGAUGUUUUCACUCACGAGACUCCCAGUUACACAAUAAAUGUUCCUUUUGCUCCAUAAAGAUUAUUUUUAUAUCCAAAAUACCUCCAUUUGUUUGGUGCGUUAUGUUCAGAAAUCCACAGGAAAAGCGGUCACGACAACGCAGACAAAUUCCAAAAAGUAUCUAAUGUCCACAGAAACAUGUUAAACGUUGUUUUUAAAAUAUAUAAUCGAUAAUAUAUCAAUCGCAACUGUCUUUUUCAGUCAGAGAGGGAAAGGCAAUGGCUGCCCAAACUCUGUUACGCAUACAAAACGCUGCUGGCACCCGGCCAUACAAUGACGCGAUGUUAUCUUUCUCGUUCAUUUUUCAAAAUAAAAGCCUGAAACUAUGUCUAAAGACUGUUGACACCUUGAGAAAGCGAUAGGAGAAGGAAUCUGGUUGAAAUCCCUUUAAAUGGAGCAAAGGCAGGCUAUGGAGCAUGGAGUUUUCAAUAUAGAAGCCAAUUCCUGGUUAGAUUUUCAUCAGGGUUUCGCCUGCAAUAUCAGUUCUGUUAUACUCACAGACAAUAUUUUGAAAGUUUUGGAAACUUUAGUGUUUUCUAUCCAAUACUAAUAAUAAUAAUAUGCAUAUAUUAGCAAGACUGAGGAGCAGGCCGUUUAGUUUGGGCAACUUAUUCAUCCAAGCUACUCAAUACUGCCCCCCAGCCAUAAGAAGUUAAAGGCAAUGCUACCAAAUACUAAUUGUAAACUUCUGACCCACUGGGAAUGUCAUGAAAGAAAUAAAAGCUGAAAUAAAUCAUUCUCUCCUAUUAUUCUGACAUUUCACAUUCUUAAGAUAUAGUCGUCAUCCUAACUGACCUAAGACAGGGAAUUUUUACUAGGAUUAAAUGUCAGGAACUGUGAAAAAAUGAGUUUAAAUGUAUUUGGCUAAGGUGUAUGUAAACUUCCAACUUCAACUGUAGCUCGUGUUAUCAGCCUACAAUGUAAAGUUAAACGGCGUAUUCCUUAUUUCAACAAAUCGCUGCCAGAUUGAUAUUUAUUCCAACAAAGCACUUUCUCAUUUUACAGUAACAAUUUGUAUUCCUCAUCAAUGACAUUGUGAUAAACGAUGACAUGACAUCAUUCAUCUGACAUGUGUGUUAAAAGCUGCAGCUGUGUGUCAUUCACUGGAAAGUAAUUAUAAUCCUUAAUGAUAAUUAUCAUGGUUAGGUUUACACCCAGUAAGGAAAACCAAGCCUGUUGAUUAAAAACUAAAUUUAUCAAGUACAAGGUUCUCUCUGUAUCCAUAAAUCAAAUAUGCCAAUCAGCCACCAGUAAAUAUACUAUAUUAUUCAGAAGUUUCUAAAUACUUCUCCCUUCACUCAAUCUUCCAUCACAUGGCAAAUAUAUCCUACAAAUUAAAAGAGGCUGCAGCUUUUCUGCAUUUGAAUUGAUAAUACAACAGUACAAGAGGCCUUACAAUGUGUCAGCUAACUUUUGGAUCCUCGCUUUACAGCUUAGCUUACAACUAUGAAUUUACCAACUUCAUUAGGCGGACACAUGAGUGACGAAGAACUAAUUGGACCAAUAAGGAACUCACCCAUUUAAUAAUUU